GGGGAUGUAGAAUCUCCGUCCGCUCAUUCCGUCUGGUUUGCACAUUCAGGACGCACGUAAAGUAUGGCUCUGUAUGACUUCAGCGGCCAAGUGGCACUCGUUACAGGUGGCGGUGGAGGCAUUGGGUGUGCUGUCUGCCUGUUGCUGGCUCAAAACGGCGCCAGUGUGGUGGUGGCGGACGUCAACUUGGAGGCAGCUCGCCAAACUAUCAGCAAGAUGUCCAGCCCUGUAAACCACCUGGCGCUAAAUAUGGAUGUAACGCAGCAAAGCUCAGUGGAGGGCGCCAUAGCCGCCUCCCGGGACAGGUAUGGGGUGCCGCCCAGCCUGCUGGUGAACUGUGCGGGGAUCGCCGAUAUAUCGCCUUUUCUUGACAUAACAGGACCUCAGCUCGACAAGAUGAUUGACAUCAAUCUCAAGGGAACCUUCCUCGUCACCCAGCAGGUCAUUAAGACUCUAUUGGAGGAGGGCCGGGGAUCAGGGGAAGGAAGAGGCGCUAUAGUCAACAUAUCCAGCAUGGUAGGCAAGACAGGCUUCCCCAAUCAUAGCCACUACGUAGCCACAAAGGGCGGAGUCAUUGCCUUCACCAAGUCCUGUGCUGCUGAGGUGGCCAAGAAGGGUAUCAGGGUGAAUUGUGUAUUGCCAGGUUACGUCGAUACGCAUAUGUGCGAUGCCGUUGAUCAAGAACUUGUGAAAUGGUACCUCAAUAAGACGCCAUUAGGAAGACCCGCCAAUCCUGCUGAAUUGGCUGAGGUGAUCGUGUUCCUGCUGUCAAAGCGCAGCAGCUACAUGGUGGGCGCCUGCGUGGAGGUGUCCGGCGGGGCUGACAUGCAGCUGUUCAUGUCUUCAUGCAACACUCAGUUGAACCCUCACUAUCUGAAGGCAGUCAUGGCUCCCAACGAUUUCAGUGGCCAAGUGGCGCUUGUCACAGGUGGUGGAAGUGGCAUCGGUCGCGCCACCUGCCUGAUGCUGGCCCGGGACGGUGCACGUGUGGUAGUGACGGACAUCAACCUCGAGGCAGCACGUGAGACACUCAGCCUGAUGCCCAACCACGUGGAUCACUUGGCGCUGGAGAUGGACGUGACGCAGCAGAGUGCCGUGGAGGGAGUCAUUGCUGUCGCCCAAGAAAGGUUCGGAGAGCCACCCAGUCUACUGGUGAACAAUGCGGGCAUCGCACGAGGAUCCCUUUGUCACUUGAUGGAGGAAAAAGACUUCGACAUUGUUGUCAACGUCAAUUUAAAGGGAACUUUCUUGGUAAGUCAGGCCUUCAUCAGGGCGCUGCUGAAGGAUUCUGAAGCGGGCAAGCGUGCCGGUGCCAUUGUUAAUAUGUCGAGCAUCGACGGCAAAUCUGGCCAUGAAAAGCACUGCCAGUACUCGGCCACCAAGGGCGGCCUCGUCUCCUUGACCAAGUCGUGUGCCGCUGAAUUGGCCAAAAAAGGUAUAAGAGUGAACUGUGUCCUGCCUGGCGCCAUCGACACUCGCAUGACUGCCGCAGUGGAUCCUGAAAUGAGGAAGCGCCAGCACGAAAGGACUCCCAUUGGGCGUACUGGACGGCCAGAGGAAGUGGCUGAGGUAAUAGUAUUCCUACUGUCCUGGCGAAGUAGUUACAUGGUGGGCGCCUGUGUGGAGAUCACUGGCGGACUGCACAUGUGAGGCGGCGGCAGGAAGUACGUUACGGAAAGAAAGAAAGAGAGAGAGAGAGAGAGAGAGAGAGAGAGAGAGAGAGAGAGAGAGAGAGAGAGAGAGAGAGAGAGAGAGAGAGAGAGAGAGAAAGAGAGAGAGAGAGAGAGAGAGAGAGAGAGAGAGAGAGAGAGAGAGAGAGAGAGAGAGAGAGAGAGAGAGAGAGAGAGAGAGAGAGAGAGAGAGAGAGAGAGAGAGAGAGAGAGAGAUAUUCGUUUCUCCAUCAAAGACCACCUCUGCCUGCAUACACUUGAUGGAACGACUUCAAGAGAAACACUAUCACCUGUAUAUGUGUGUGUGUGUGUGUGUGUGUGUGUGUGUGUGUGUGUGUGUGUGUGUGUGUGUGUGUGUGUGUGUGUGUGUGUGUGUGUGUGUGUGUGUGUGUGUGUGUGUGUGUGUGUGUGUGUGUGUGUGUGUGUGUGUGUGUGUGUGUGUGUGUGUGUGUGUGUGUGUGUGAAAGAGUGGGGAAUGGUAGCCUUAUUUUGUCUGUUUGUUUCUUUCUACUGUCCCUAGGUCCAUUUGCGUAAAUAAACAAUGAUGCAAA